AUGUCUCAACAAAAUAAAGAAGAACGUGAACAAUAUAAUAAUGUCAAUGACUUUUUGCCUUAUAUCGAACAAAUCAAAGCUGAAAAUGAUUUUUUUUACAAAGAAUUCUUGGAAGUUUUGAAAAGUUACAAAAGAAAAGAAAUUAAUAUAGAAAAUCUCCUUAUUCAUGCGAAACGUCUUUUUAAAGGAUAUCCAACUUUGCUUCAAAGAUUUAACAACUUUUUAAUUCCUGGUUAUCGAUUCGAAUACUCGACUGAUCCUCUUGAUUUAGAUCCAAUUACUAUCUUUACACCUAAUGGAAUUUUACCAUCACCAUCAUCAGCUUCAAUGCCAAUGCAAAUAUCUCCUAAUAAUAUUGACGAAGUUAAUAAAUACGACAAUAAUAUCAACAGCAAAUUUGAAAAUGAUUUGAAAUCUCAAAUGACUCCUUUACCUACAGAAAACUACAAGAAUAGAUUAGAUGAAAAUACUGCCACCACAAGCACCACAAACACUAUCAAUAAAGAUGAAAAUGUUUUAGAGGAUUUACUUUAUAUUAGUAAAUUUAUUCAGAAAUUUGGAGUUUCUGUCGAAAUCAAGGAUCUUUUCAAUAAUAAUAUCACUCUUAUAAACGAAUUUAAACAAAAAUGUUUACCAAUUUAUCUAAAAUACUUGUCUUCAAACGAAUUUCUAAAUAUAAUUUUCAAAGAAUUUGAUGACAUCGCUGCUACUUUAUCAAAUUCUACUGCUGUUAAUAUAUCGUCAUCAUCAAAUCUUUCAAGAGUCGAUGAAACCGACAUCACUAAUCCUACUAAUUCCGUUAAUAAUAACGGAAAAAGGAUUAAUUGUCCUGACACUGAUCAAAGUUUAAGUGAACUAUUCAAUAAGUACAAGAGAUCAAAAAUUUCUGAACAAUCAAUACCGGCAUCAAUAUUUGGUCAAUCAUCAAACCUGUACGGGCAAUUAUUUUCUUCUUCUUCAUCCUUAUUCAGUGAUGAACAACUACAAUCAUCAUCAUCUUUAUCUCCAUCUACAUCGCCAACAUAUCCACCACCUAAAGAAAAAAUUAUUUGUGGCGGUGGGCAAAAAAAGAUCCGACCAGAAAAUGUCAUAGUGGAUGAAUUUACGUUUUUUGAAAGUUGUAGAAGAUUUCUUGCAAAUGAUGAUGAGUAUCGUCAAUUUCUUUUAAUACUCAAUUUAUACUCUCAGGGAAUUAUCAAUGCUAGUGUACUUGUUCAACAAAUCUCUAUUUUUAUUGGACGUAAUGAUAAAUUGUUUAAAUGGUUCAAGGAUUAUGUUAAAUAUCAGGAAAAAGAAAAGAAAAAGGAAGAAUAUGAUUACGAUACAGUUGUAAAUCACUCCUCUGCAUCUGGGACAAGUUACAAGUAUAUACCAGAAUCUAAAGGAAAUGUACAUUGUUCUGGAAGAGAUGAAUUAUGUUAUCAAGUUUUGAAUGAUGAAUGGGUCUCAUAUUCAGGAUUAUUAAAUGGUGAAUAUGAUUUCAAAUCAGCAAAAAAUAAUCAAUAUGAAACUGAAUUGUAUAAAUGCGAGGAUGAAAGAUACGAGUUUGACACUGUUAUUGAAGACAUUCAGCAUACAAUAGCAAUGUUAGAACCAAUUCUUAGGAAGAUAAAUAAAAUGUCAGAUGAAGAUAAAAAAGAAUAUAAACUCAAGCCUGGACUUGAUGGUCGUUGUAGAUCAUUGAUCUAUAAAAGAGCCAUUAGAAGGAUUUAUGGAUACGAUAAAGGAGCCGAAGUUGUUGAGAAAAUUCAUAAUGAUCCUGUCAAUGAUAUCCCAGUAAAACUAAAUAAAGUUUGGAGUGAUGUUGAAUCAAAAAAUUAUUACAGGUCAUUCGAUCAUAAAGGGCUAUUUUCAAAAAUGGUCGAGAAAAAAAAUUUUACAACAAAACAUUUCAUCAAUGAAAUUGAAAAUUUAUUCAAAAAAAAUCAAGAUAUUCUCCAUAAAAACAACAAAAAUCGCAAUACUAAUAAUGUUGUUAUCAGUGGAAAUAAUGCAGAUGGCAACAAAAUUGAGGAAACAGGAUCAUUCGAGAAAAAAGAUUCUAGAAAAAUUCAAAAGUUUUUUAAAAAAUUUUUAAUUUAUUUUUUUGAUCUUCCAUCAAGUUUUUUUGAGCAACCUAAUAAUAACAAAGGCAUUAUAAAUACAAGUGGCGGAGAUAAAACAAUGCCGGCAGUAGGUUCAAAUGAAAAAGAUAAUAACGAAGUUUGGGCUAAUGUAUCAAAAGAAGUUAAAAAAAAUAUUAAUGAAGUGACUAACAAAAAGAGUGAAUUCAAAAAACAAGCAAUGUCUCAUUUUUUCUGUAAUGAUCGAUUCUACUGCUUCUUUAGAUACUUGCAGAUUUUAUUUGAACGUUUUAAAAAAAUAAAAAGAUUUUCUCAAGAAAAAUUAUCUAAUAAUCAAGGAUUGUUUAAACUAUAUGCUGAAAAUAGAUCUGAAAUUAAUAUAAAAGAUCCUUACUCUGAUAUGUUCAAACUUAUUGAAAAAAGGAUUAAAUGUUCAAUAGAAGCGUCAGAUUUCGAGGAAUCUCUUGUUAAUAUACUUGGUAUUGAUGCACAUCUUAUGUUCUCAGUAAAAAAAAUUGUUCAUUUUUUAACUCAAGAGUGUGAGAAAUUACUUUAUUUAUAUAAAACACAUAAUAAACAACAAACUAAUAAUUCAUUAAAAGAUGGUUCAUAUAUGUUAUACUUGUAUCAAUUACAUGCUACUAAUAUCAUUAAUAAAGAUGGCCAUUUAUAUAGAAUAAAUUAUGAUAAUUAUAAAAAAUCAUUGCAAAUAACCUUACUAAAUUAUGACUCUAAUUCAAACAUAAACACUUCACCAGAAGAACGAUGGAUAAGCUAUAUUUAUAGUUAUGUAACUUCUAACCCUACAAAAGGUGUCUAUCAAAAAAUAUAUGAACCAUUUCUAAAAAGGUAA